AUGUGCGAUCGUGUGUCAUGGGUGGCCAUCGCUGCAGAUCUCCCCAUCGGCUCCCCCAUCCCGGCGGUGUCUGUGUCUGAGAUCAUGCGGGGCUGCCGAUUGUCUGUGUGGGACUGUCCCUCAGGGAGAAUGUCUGUCUCGCUCUGGGAAAGGCCCAGGCGGGCCCAUCAGCGUUUGUCCUCAGCCCCUCCUCGGCUGGCCCUGGGGCCCCCCCAAACCUUCAGGACGGAGCCCGACGGCGCUGGCACCAUGAACAAGCUGCGUCAGAGCCUACGGCGCAGGAAGCCGGCCUACGUCCCUGAGGCCUCCCGCCCGCACCAGUGGCAGGCGGACGAAGAUGCGGUCCGUAAGGGCAAGUGCAGCUUUCCAGUCAGGUACCUUGGGCACGUCGAGGUGGAGGAGUCCCGGGGCAUGCACGUGUGUGAAGACGCAGUGAAGAAACUGAAGGCGACUGGGCGGAAAUCCGUGAAAUCUGUGCUGUGGGUGUCGGCAGAUGGGCUGCGUGUGGUGGAUGACAAGACCAAGGUAUUGGGACUGCAGGCAAUGCCUCCCUCCCUCUCCCCAUUCUCCUCCCUGUUCCCACCUCUGUCCCCA